AUGGAUGAAGCACGAUCGAAAACCGGGUCGCCGCCGUCGGCUGAGCCUCACCGACAAGCUCAGUCGCAGAAAACAAUACCGAAUGGUGGCUUGGAAGCGUGGCUGAGUGUCGUUGGGGUUUUCUGUGUUUUCGUUAAUUCCUGGGGCUUGAUCAGUACAUAUGGCGCCUUCCAAGAGUUCUACCAAACGGUACUUCUCCCCGAUCAAUCCCCCUCCUCCAUUUCCUGGGUAGGAAGCCUCCAAGCCACGCUCGUGGUCAUGGUUGGAGUUGUAUCUGGACCAUUGGUCGAUCUUGGGUACCUUCGCCCUCUCAUUAUCUCGGGGAGCUUCCUUGUUGUAUUUGGCAUGAUGAUGACUAGUCUGGCUACCCAAUACUAUCAAGUGAUCCUUGCCCAGGGAUUUUGUGUCGGCAUUGGUGGCGGCAUUGCAUACAUUCCAGCACUGGUCGUGAUUUCGAUGUAUUUCACUACGAAGCGUCCGAUUGCCAUUGGCUGUGCAUCAAUCGGAUCCAGCGUAGGCAGUGUGGUUUUCCCAAUCAUGUUUCGCCAGCUCCAGCCGAAGAUCGGCUUCCCGUGGACGGUUCGCUGCAUCGCUUUCAUCAAUAUGUUCCUCGCUGUCAUUACCUGCACGAUGCUAUGCCGCCGCCCGGGCGAAAAGGUCGGAGCCCGCAGCCUGAUCGACUGGAAAGCUCUCAAAGAUAUCCCGUUUAUGUUGCUAUCGGUAUCGAUGUUGCUCGUCAUGCUCGGCUAUUGGAUCCCGCUAUUCUACGUCCCGUCUUACGCCCGAACUGUGCUGAAUACAACAACCAGCCUUUCUUUCUACGUGGUAUCCAUUAUUAACGGCGCGUCGGCGUUCGGACGAACCGUUCCAUAUUUAUUGGGAUCGCGAGUGAAACCCAUUGGCAUUCUCAUUAGCUGCGUGGCGGGUUCGGCAAUUGCCAUGUUCACAUGGAUUGCGGCGACCAAUAUCCCUGGCUUCAUCGUUUGGUCUUGCUACUGGGGUUUCUUGACGGGGGUGCUAGUGACUGCGCCAACAUCGAUUGUUUCGCAUCCUUCCCUUUGCCCGGAUUUGAAGAUGCUCGGGACUCGGAUGGGGAUGAUGUGGGGGAUCAGCUCGCUCGGGUCGUUGGCUGGGACACCCAUUGCCGGAGCCUUAGUAGAUCUCACUGAAGCCCAAUUUCUGCGCGCUCAGGUAUUCGCAGGCUGCAUGAUGGUGGGCGCUGUUGUUCUACAAUUAUGGCCAACAUUUGUGGUCGUUCGGCACGAUGGCAAGCCGGGGGGUACUCAGUAA